AGUCUGCCCUCUACAGCCUACUGAUGUUAAAAUUUGGUGUCUGAAGUGGAAAGACAUGUGAAUCACAAGCCUACCGGUACCACACUCCAGGGCAACACAAAUCGAAACCGGAGGAAAUUGGACAGAGAUAAAUGGUAGCCAAUUUCCAGAUUUCGUUGUCAGCUUUCAACGUGUACGGUCAAAAGUUGGUUCAAAGUCUGUCAAACUUGUCCACAUGUGUUCUUCUUUUAUCUCUAAUUUUUUUCCCAACACAAAUUCAGGAACUGGUUUAGAAUCAAGUUAUGUUUAAAUUGUAGAUUAACACAAUCUAGGUUUUUUUUAAACGGUGGAAAUUUUAUUGGAAUUGGUUAAAACACAUAUGGAGUGGGAUUGAGCAAAAGACAAAAUUUAUCUGCUACAAGCAUCUUUAUUUAUUACAUAAAACCAUGGAGCUAUUGACAGGAUUUCCUGGAGGUUCUUUAUUUUGAGUUCACCAGCUUCAUCACCAAUUUCAAUUGCAGAAAGUUUUCAUACAGAAACUUAUUGUGCAAUACAUCAAGAAAAAUUGAUUGAGGCCUCCUUUGCUUUACCAUAUUUAACUGACUCAACAAAACCCCAGCAAUUAAGCUGAGGGGUAGAGUUGUAAGACAUCUGUGCUAAUAAGCAGGACAUCUUGAGUUUGAAUCCCACCGAGCAAACUGUGACUUCCUGCAAACUCUUGGACAGCACUGAGCAUGCAGUGCUUAUAAUAACUUAUGUUGAAGAGUAAAAAAAAUAAAUAAAAAGAUAUUAAAAUGUAUGUGGGAUUGAUGAAAAAAAUGUUAACAUCUUUGGCUGAAUUCAUGGGGUGACUAUAAGUGCAAGUAAAUUAGCAUGGUCCACUCCCUGUAUCUGAUGUAUAACUUUCCAGUGAUUGUACAUCCCACAUUUUUUGCUUAGCGCGUCAACAUUUACUAUUCUAGUCAACACUUUUUGGGGCCUUGUCUUAAGGUGUUCAUGAUUGAAUUCAGUGCACUUGACCUUAGGUCACAUAAACACUGUGAUCCACCACAUGAGCACAGAAUUAGUACAAUCUCUAUGGCAACCAAUCCCACAGGGAGUAACACCAGUCGAUGUAACUGUCAUGAGAAUGGCAAUCUACCUGUAGCUUCCUGAGUCUAGUAUUAUAUCAGAUUAAGCAACAAGUUGGACAGGACACCAUACCUUGGAAUGGUACAUGUACAUCCUGCAGUGGACAGACAGUGCUCAACGCACACCAAAUCAUCCUCAUUUAAAUUCAAGUCAAAAUUCCACCAUUCUUCAAAAAAACAAAAAUCUGUGAAAUUAAGAUCUAGAUCAUCAGACACUUUAAGCUGACAAGUGUCAAACCAAACUGUCCUGUGAAAUGUACUGAACUCAUGUGAAACUGCUUCUUUCCAAACUAAAGCUGUUUCACGACUGAAUAAAAAGUGAAAAAUUCAAUGUUUCCAUUUUCUGCUUAUCAAUAAAACACAAAAAGAAACCAAAAAGGGAAAAGUUACAAAAGUGACACCAGAUAUCACCAGAGAAGACAUCUGAGGAACAACCUGGAGCCAAUGUCAAGAUGUGUAACAUUGCCGCUGGAAUCAAGAUACUGGCAGUAGCUGCAACUAUUGCAUCCUUCCAAACUGUGGAGAGUACAGCGAGUUGUAACUGCACACGAAUUCAUCCACAGCAACACUUCUGUACAGCAAACUAUGUGAUUCGCGGUCGAGUGGUUUUGAUACAAUGGCAGCUCAUUCCAGACUUGGACACAGAGUCAACUACAGUGACAGAAACCCUGACAAACCCUACAUCAUACAUGACAUCAAAUCCCCUCACACAGGGGCCUGAAGCAACAGGCAAAGAGGUUGACAAGUCAACAGCACUCCCAUCAUCCCAGGACCAGGACCAAAAUGAAUUCAUUGACGCGAUGCCAGCUCACAGACACAACAAUCAAAGAGCCAACAGAAAGGACAAACGACUGCUAAAGAAUCGCAUCAUCAACCAAGAACCAUGGAACUAUGAGAUCAUCUAUAUCAUCACGAUCCAGACUGUGUAUAAGAAUGUGGGCGGAGAUUCACUGAUUGAGGGGGAGGAGCUGGAGCUUAAGAGUCCAUAUCCAGGCAUGGGAUUCUGUGGUGUGGAACUCAGAGCAGGCAAAUCUUACCUCCUAGCAGGGGGUGAAGCAGGCCAGAUCAAUAUGUGUGACUGGAUUCAGGAAUACCGCCAUAUCUCCAAACUACAGAAGAGAGGUCUAAAGAAUAACUACGGUCAAUUAUGUGACAUGUGUCAGAUUAUGACCUGUGGUAACCCAGAAUGCACCAGUGAUCUUCCUUCUACCACAUGUGUCUAUCUGCCACCACACGACGACCACAUCCAACAUGGGAUAGGUUACCAUGACAAUGAUUGCAUUGCCAGGCACUCCCGUUGCUAUGCCAAGGGAAGGAAGGCAGACAAAUGUGACUGGAUGAAAAGCUCUGAUAUGAAAAACUGCCAAAGAAAAGGUCGUAGAAACAAGAACUGAAUUGGGAUAGGUUACCAUGACAAUUGGUUUCCCUUCUGAAUGAGUUUUCUGUUUCACAAAAUCUUGCAUUUCAACUCGAGUAGCCACACUUUAAAAUAUCAUCAGUCACCUAUAGAGGGCAGCAGACUAUCACCUGGAACUGUGCAACUCACAUGUACCAUACCACAGGGCAUUGAUGAGCUCAAUAAAAAAAUGAAUCAUAUAGUUUGCUUUCUAAUUGCUACAGUGUUUAAUUUCACAAACUCUAGAUUUAAAUGAAACAACUAUAUAUUCAUGUUUUCCAGUUAAAUUAAUUGAAUUAUUAGAAUAGUUCAUUUCAUAGAGCUUAUUUUGCACUGUAUGUAUUUAUUAGACUUUUUAAGAUUAUACACCAUUCAUAAGCUGUAACUUUAUCAUUUAAUUGGCAGCCUAUUAACAAAUUUAAUCCUUAUUUACUCAGUUUGAUUUUAGGUAAAUUUUAUUGUUUGUUUAAGCCAAAAGUGAUUUAUGUACCAUACUUAGAUAAUAGAUGCUGAACACACAAUCCACUUUACAAAAAUUGUAUGUGUCACUAUAGGCCCUGCUACAAACCCUGCCAGGAACAUGGUGUUUUUACUUUUGGUGGGCAAGACACUUAACUACAAUUGCUCUACUAAACCCAGGAGUUAUUUUUAAUGGGUACCUCUGCGCUGAGCUCAGCUGCUGCGUGGUCUCGUGGCCUAAUGAACGGGGUAAUAAAUUUGUAAAGCGCUUUGAGAUUGUUGAUGACAAUUAUCUACAAUCCUUCCCAAUAAUCACUGUAUGAUUACUUGGACUUCCAUCCAACCAAAUUUGUGUUAUUGGUGACGACUCUUAACUAUAAAAUUUCAGCUCUUGUAAGCAUUCUUGAGAUAAAGAAUUUUCACAAUAUAGUAUGGCUCCUGUAGACAAAUUCAGAGACAGUAAAGAACACCUUUAGGGCACCCUACGUACUGUUUGAGAAUUUUAGGUCAAAGGGGUGUAUAGAAGAAAUUCACACUGUAUAAUUUCUUCAUCCUAAUUCCUAGAAUUCAUGAUUCUCUUAAUCACAUAAUAAUCCUAAAUUGCAAUGGCCAGUUUGUAGAGAGAAUCUGGAAGAAACUGUGCUGUCCACAAAUGCUUUGAUAGCAGUUAAAAAUAAUUUUUGUUUUAAAUAAAUUGCAUGCAAAUCCACAUGCCUUUGGAGCGCAGUAAAACCAUUAAUCUUCCCUGCAUCCAUCCAUAGAGGGUGUUCAUGUAGGAUUAUUUCCUUUGUCAAUCCUUUUUCAGAGUUAAAAAAAGAAAAGAUUCUGAGUCAGAACUACUGCUUCCAUUGAAAAGAGAAUAGCCAUGUCAAUUGCAAUUAAACAGAAUCUUUACACUUGGGUGGCAUACUUGGGCUGUAUGAAAAGUUUUAGAACAGAGUCCAACAUUCUAAGAAGUUGAAGUCUACAAUAUGUUUCUGAAGGUUUUCAAAAUGACAUCACCACUUUUAGAGUGGCAAAAUCCACCAUACUAGGAAUCCAUAUCCCCUACUUUGAAAGACACCUGGUGAGAUCAAUUGAGAUCUCAAGUCUCUUGAAAGAUUAAUGGCAGAAUGAAUCAAGCUAGUAUACAUCCUGUCUACUUGGAAAUGGUGAUCUCACAAGGAUUUAAGACGCUACAUGAGGACAAUCAUCUUUCCUUUCAGUUACAAACACUUCCAAGUCAUUUUAAAUAUUUUGAUAACUAGACGGUGACAGUAUUAUGAUGUAAACAUACUUUGGCCUACUGUAAACUAGUGAUAUUUAAAGAUAUUUGAUAUUAUUUGACUUGAAAUUAAUUAUCAUUAGGCCUACAGUGGUUCAACCUUGCCCCAAAAAGUGUCACUUGACAUUUUACUUCCACGAAAAUCAGUAACUCUCUCAUUCUUAACAAGAACUGGAAGAAUACAGAGUUAGGGAAGUUUUUGGUCUCUUUAUUUGACCCCCAGGCACAAAACCACAAAACCACACAAACCACAAAGCUCUGAAUCAAACCACAAGAUUCUGAAAAGCUCUGAAUCAAACCACAAGAUCCUGAUGAAAUAGGGGCUUAUAGGGGCUGGUUAUCCAUCUGAUCAGAGCACGCCUAAUUUUGCGUUAUUUAAUUCAAUAUUAUUUUCACUUACAGAUUUUUCCCCUAGUCUUGUGGUAGUGAGUAUGCCAUCUCUAGGCAAAAGCUGCUGAGAACAGUUUAACAGUGAAUAUAUAACAUCUUCUUUUACCACAACUGUGUAGGCAUUUGGAGAUUGAGUGACUUUUCUGCAGAUCACUGCAGAACCACAAAAUUGAAAAGACAUUAAAGUUGCAUUUUUACAGCAAAGACUCAAAGAGUGUAAACGUAACUACGUAAACAAUCAAAUGGGAGUAAAAUAUAAUUCUUGAAAUGUCAUGGCAGACACAAUAAAAAUGGCACUGAAAAAGUA